GUCACUGUCAAAAACAGGUGUUUUUCUCUGGCUUCAUGUUUUUGGCUUUGUUUGUUUGUGUUCCAUCUUCAAUAAACGUGCUUAUUUCGACGAUAAUAAAAAUAUCUAGCAAACAAAAUGCCUAAACCUACCAAGCUCCACGCCAAGGGCAAGCCCACCUCCAUACAGAAGCCGGUAACUAUUGACGAUACGGACUCGGUGGAUCCUGAAGAAACUGCGAAACAAUUCCAACUGGAACUCUGCUGGUGCAUACAGCAGCUGGAGAAGACGUUGAGCGACAAUAAGGCAGAGCAGAAGCAUUUACAAGAAACAUGGAAAGUAUUGACAGUGCUCAAGAACAACAACCAGCCCAUCAUCAGAAAGAGACAGCUCAUGAGGACACAUUUUGGAGAUUACCGAGCAAAGAUGGCCGCUGAGGAAAAGAAAUUAGCUAAAAUGGCAAGUAAAAUCAAAAUAAGCGACAGUUCAUCAACACCUAAAGCUACAUUUCUGAGAAAAUCUGCUUUUCUAAGCACUGGGGAUAGUUCAUUUCGGUUCAACUUUAAUGUACCUGCAGAUCAAAUUGAUACUGGCAACCCAGAACCUGCCAUGCAAAGUAGUAAUGUUGGCAACACUGAAGAAAAAGUUAUCGAGCCAGCAGAAACAAAUGAUAGUGCCAAACCUUUUAAAUUUAAGUUCAGUGACACAGAGUUUAAAUUUAAUUUUAAUAACUCAUAGAUUUUAACGAAAAUAUAUUUAAGUAAACAAUAAAUCAACUUUAUGUAAUUUAUAUCCUUUAUUUAUUUAACAUUUCUUAAGUAAAUUAGUUACAAUACUUUAUCCUGUUAGAUUUAAUUACAUUUAUCGUAAAACAUACGCUUUUUAGAUAGUUCUUGUAUCAUAGAAUACAUAAUUAUUUUACCGAAAAACAAAUUUAAGCCACAAAACUUAUAAGAUACUUAGGAUCACCAUAAAAUAAAAUACAUGGAAUAGUGUGGCGAUCUCUUAUUUUACAGGCACUUUAAGUCUGCCUGUAACCUAUAACAUCUAUGAAAAAAAUAAUCAUAAUAUUCUCUAUGGUACAUAAAUAAAAAUAUGGCGCCAAAAGGCCAAAAGUGAAAU